ACUGCUUUGUGGGAAAGGGUAACAAACCAAGCAGUCCCUGUCCAGACCUGUUUUUUUAUGGACACGCAGGAUAAUGGAGCCUCUUUCACAGGUGUCAGGUUCACCAGAGAACCCAAAGAUAAAGAAACAAGAGGCUGAUGCUACGGUCUACCUGAAUUUCAUGAAAAGUCACAGUUGCUAUGAUGCCAUUCCGAUCAGCUGCAAACUGGUCAUAUUUGAUACAACACUACAGGUGAAAAGGGCCUUUUUUGCCCUGGUGGCAAAUGGCUUGAGGGCUGCACCUCUAUGGGACAGCAAGUUGCAGAGAUUUGUGGGCAUGCUGACUAUUACUGAUUUCAUCAACAUCCUCCAUUGUUAUUACAAGUCACCAAUGGUCCAAAUGUAUGGGCUGGAGAGCCAUAAGAUUGAAACAUGGAGAGGUGAUUCCCUUCAAAAUGUGUACUUAAAGUCUCCAGCUCAGUUCCUCAUCAGUAUUUCUCCACAGGCCAGCCUCUUCGAUGCCAUCUAUUCCUUACUCAGAUACAAAAUCCACAGGCUCCCUGUCAUCGACCCAGAUUCUGGAAAUGUUCUGCACAUUCUGACUCACAAGCGAAUCCUCAAGUUCCUGCACAUAUUUGGAAAAAAUGUGCCCAAACCUGCAUUUCUCAAGAAGCCGGUUCAGGAACUGGGCAUAGGAACGUUCAGGAACAUUGCAACAGUCCACCAAACAGCAACGCUUUAUGAAGCCCUGUCCAUAUUUGUGGAGAGGCAAGUGUCAGCACUCCCAGUGGUGGAUGAGCAAAGCAAAGUGGUGGCACUCUACUCAAGAUUUGAUGUUAUUAAUCUGGCAGCCGAGAAGACCUAUAACAACCUGGACAUGCCGAUGCAGGAAGCCAUUUGCAGACGCACAUGUUGUGUUGAGGGCGUGAUCAAGUGCUAUCCACAUGAAUCUUUAGAAGUGGUCAUAGAUCGAAUAGUUAAAGCUGAGGUCCAUCGGCUGGUCCUGGUGGACAGAUCUGACGUUGUGAAGGGCAUUAUCUCUCUGUCUGAUCUGCUGCAGGCUUUGGUCCUCACGCCUGCAGGCAUCGAUGCUCUUCUGUCCUAGGAGGAAACCACGGAGGUUUCUCUCUUCUCCUUUACUCCCUGUGCAGGCUUGAUGUCUGUCAAUGUGCAGAGGCAGGUACAGAGAAGCUGGAUAGAGUUGACGGGAAAAAAAGAUGAAGUUAAAAGAGAGAAAAGCCUGGAAGAAAACCUCUUAGGAACUACAAAGGAGGUUCCCCUUCCGAGAUGCAAACAGACAUGUAAACACAGAGCCAGACCCACAAAGGAAUGCUUUAAAUCAAAGCAUUUUGAUGUGUUGGAAUGGCCCAGUCAAAGUCCAGACCAGAAUGAAUUGAGAAUCUGCAACAAGGAUUGAAAAUGACUGUUCACAGGCACUCUUUAUUCAAUCUUACAGUUAUCUUACAAAGAAGAAUGGCCAAAAAAACUGAGGGCACUUGAUGCGCAAAGAGGACAGAGACUGACCUGAAAGACUUGUAGCUGUAAUUGCACUGAAAAGUUGCUCUGCAAGGAGAGUUGGCGUAAGGAUGGCAGAUUUCCACAGUAAGAUGAAAAGUAUCUACAAUCAGCGUGUUUUUCACAUCUGGAAAGAUGACUUCACAAUUGCUCCUCAGAGGUCCUCCACACUGACUCCGUUUGUACAACUUGAUCAAUAUGUUUACUCAGCAUAAUCCUUUGUAUUUGUAAUAAAUACAUGUGAACAGA